UCCGAACGCACCUUCAGUUCGCUGACACCCUCUCCCUCACACACCCCGCCCCCAACAUGUCUAUUGCUUCAGUUUGGAAAUUCCUGAGCCACGAGAGCCAGCGAGGCAGGACCACCCCUCUCGGCCAGGGCACUGUCUCCAUCCGGAAAUACCGAAGUCCUCUUUCAAGAGGGGAAGGCGCGAGGUUUCCGGGAAAGUGGCCCCGCCAGCACCGCCCCUCGGUCCCCCCGUGGCCAGCGACUAUAAAGGACCGACGCGGUGCAGAGCCUCAGUCUGCACCCAGUGCUUGUGACCCGGACGCUGCUAUCUGCUCUGCCCUGGCCUUGCUAUGGCUCCCACCCUGCCUCUGCUCCUGGCCCUGGUAGCCCUUGUGAUUCCAGGGCCUGGUGGCGCUCAAGUAUCCAUCCACCCCAUAGAAGCCUUCCUGCCGAUGGGUGCAUCCAUGCAGGUGAACUGCUCUUCCUCCUGCACUGAGAACCUCUACCUGGGCUUGGAGACUCAGUGGCCCAAAAGAGAGGUAGAGAGUGGACUCAGGUGGAAGCUGUUUGAACUGAGUGACAUUGAAGAAGACAGCAAGCCCCUGUGCUUUGAGACCUGUGGCUCCAUCCAGUCCUCAGCCUCUGCCACCAUCAUCUUAUACUCAUUCCCAGAGCGUGUGGAGCUGGACCCUCUACCCACCUGGCAGCAGGUGGGUAAGAACCUCACCCUGCGCUGCUUGGUGGAUGGUGGGACACCGCGGCACCAACUCUCAGUCAUGCUGCUCCGAGGGGAGGAGGUGCUGUACCGGCAGCCAGUGGAUGUGGACCCUAAGAACCCCAAAGAGAUCACAGCCACGGUGCUGGUGAGCAGAGACGACCACGAAGCCAAUUUCUCAUGUCUCACAGAGCUGGACCUCAGGCCACACGGGCUAGCACUGUUCACGAAUGUCUCCAUGACCAGGCAGCUCCGGGCUUUCGAUCUUCCUGUGACCAUCCCGAAGCUCGACACCUCUGACCUCCUGGAGGUGGGCACCAAGCAGAAAGUGCUCUGCUCCUUGGAAGGCCUGUUUCCUGCCUCUGAAGCCCAGAUAUCUCUGGAGCUGGGAGGCCAUACACUGACCUCCAAGAGCACAAACCACAGAGACUUGGUGUUGGCCAUGGCCUUGGUGGAGGUGACUGUGGAGCUGGAGGGAACUCAGAAGCUGCUCUGUGUUUUGAAGCUGGCAGACCAGACCCUGAGGGCCGAGCGGAUCUUGAGCAUCUACAGCUUUCCAGCUCCUGCCUUGACCCUGAGCCAGCCAAACGUCUCAGAAGGGAGCCAAGUGACUGUGAGUUGUGAAGCCAGAGGUGGAGCGCAGGUGGUGAAUCUGACUGAUGUUCAGCCCAGGUCCUCGUCCCCGAAGGUCCAGUGCACGCUGACUGAUGUUCAGCCCAGGCCCCCGUCCCCGAAGGUCCAGUGCACGCUGAUGGCCACAGCUGAGGAUAACAAGCGACGCUUCUCUUGCUCUGCUGCCCUGAACGUGGCUGGGCAGGUGCUGUUUAAAACCCGGACCCUGGAACUGCAAGUGCUGUAUGGUCCGUACCUGGACGAGAGUGACUGCCAGACGAACUGGUCCUGGGAAGUGGGGACUCGGCAGACUCUAAAAUGUGAGGCCAGGGGUAACCCACCCCCCACACUGAACUGCAGCCGGAAAGGAGAUGGAGCCCGGCUGCCCAUCGGGGUGGUAGAGUCUGUCACUUGGGCAAUGAACGGCACCUACGUGUGCCAUGCUGAAAGCUCCCAUGGAAAUGUCACCAGAGACGUGUUCCUGAUGGUCUACACCAACCUUACCCUGAUCAUCAUUUUGGUGACAAUGCUCGUCAUUGUCCUUAUAAUCACAGCAGCCAUGUACUUCUAUAACCGCCAGAGAAAGAUCAAGAUAUACAAGCUACAGAGGGCGCAGGAAGAGGCCAUGAAACUCAAGGCACAAGCCCCGCCUCCCUGAGCGUCCAGGACACCAACACC